AUGACUAUACCAUCAUCGAUAAAUUCCUGCUAUGCAUGGAACCACACAAAGAACAAGAGCAGACCCAUUCCUAUUGUGGCAUCAUCUUCAUUACCAAGAUUUGAACCAUGCAUGUCACCAUAUAUGAUGAAAUGUUGUGAGCAUAUCAAACAUACAAGACGAAAGGAAAGAUGUGAACCAACAACGAACAUUCAUGAUCUUUAUUCUACGACGAGAGGAAACUCAACGUGCACAACGCUCUCAGUAAAGCAAGAAAGGAUGGAUAUGAAAAAUCAAUUGUCUCAUUCCUUUCAAGUGCAUGAGGAUGACCUUUACAAUGAAAUGAAGACCAUGGUGAAAAAUCAUCGACUUGCUCAACAAAGUAAGCCACUAAGCGAAAGAUUCGACUCUGAAAAGAGUCGAUUAUUCAUCUCAAAUUCGCUCACUACCAAAUUUUUGAAAGAGAAUGACACUUGUCUCAUUACAAUUCCUGACGAUUUACAAAUUUCGAAUUUGAUAGAUCCAUGUUUUCAUUUGAGAGUUGGAACUAUUUUGGAGUUGGAUCUUAUGAAUGAGGAAUGUCUUGUACAGAUUACUUUUGAAAACCAUUCUAAAAUGCAAGUGAUUGUACCUUCGUUUUGUUUAUGCUUGGAAGAUCGAGUGUUAUAUGAAAGAAUGAAAAGAAAACGUAAGAAGAUUUUAUUUAGAAGAAGCAAGGAAAUGCAAGAAUCCAGAACCAACCAAGAUGAUGAUCAGAUUCAAGAAUUAUCUUGUGAGCUGAAGAAUGAGGAAAAUUUAACAAGUGAAAAGAGUACGAGUCGAAUAUUGGCAAGAAAUGCAACAACCUUAACUACCAAUAAUGGAAAACAAAAACCAGUGUCGACAAUAGAAAGCAGAAUACCGAAACGAAAGUAUAAAAGUUGUUAA